AUGUUCAGAGAUCGGGACCAAAGGAAACCACAGUUCGUAUGCGCUACACAGCCAUUAGCAUCAUUUCUCAGUAAAGACUCUGUCUUGUGCUUUGAUGGAGACGCGUAUGGGCUUUACUAUCCAUGGAGAGGAGAAGCAAAAAGUGCUGUCCGUGUUAAUCCCAACCUUGAUAAGUACUUGGAGAGCGAGAACGCCUUUGCAUUACCAAGCAUCGCUGAACAAAAGAGAUUGGUGGGGCUUUUCUUCGACCAUCUUUAUCCGUUCUACCCAGUAGUCGACAGAAGUAUGAGGGAUGACUUCAAGGACCAGCCUCUUAUCCUCCUCAAUUCUAUCUUUUUGGCAGCGACGAGGUUUGACAAAUCUAUACCUCGUGAAUAUCUUCGAGAGAGGCUUGCAGUUUUAUAUAAUCGUUGCAAAUUACUCGAGUUAGUUGAGACUAACAAAGUUGUACUUAUUCAGGCCUAUGUCUUGCUUUCAAGUCAUGAAGAAGGUAUGGAAGGAGAUACAUCUUCGAAAGAGUUUGUGGCUAAAGCUUGUAACUUGUGUGGUGAGCUUGCCAUAACUAAUAUGGGCCAUUCUGAGGAAGCGGUUAGGUUCCCUUUCCCCAAAGGCGAUCAAACAUUUCAACGUGCAUUAGUCAAACGCUUACUAUGGACCACUUUUUGUUGUGACCGCCAAGUGUCAGCGACAAGUGGUCGAGAAAUGAUAUUCAACGUACAUGACUUCUUUGUGGAGAGAUUGAGCAUUAAUGAUUUCGAGGAAGGCCCCGAAGGCGAAAAAGACUUCACUCUUUUUAAUGCAUGGUUUGAGCUUUGCCUUUUAAUUGAUCGAAUUCAAUCAGCAUUAUAUAGGCCGCCGCCCAAUCGAUCUGAUGAUUCGGAAUUACAGAAAGAUCUUGAGGACUGGACCGCUCCUGAUAUCCCAAAUGAUCCUGAGAAGACUUGCUUUUUAAAAGUAACCCAUGCAUACCUUUGCUUGCUUUAUUUAAGAAAAGGUAUAGAUUCAGUGGCAUUGCUGCUUCAUAAUACAGCAUUGAACAUAGCAUUUGAUAAAGAAUUAGAGACAACCAUAGAUCAGAUGCAUCGGACGUCUUCCUUGGUUCUAGAUAUUCUAGACAAGUCCCCAAUUUUGCAUCACAUCGUGAUGGUUCACGCUGUGCUUCAUGUCGUUGCAUUACUUCAGCUCGAGUUAAAUACUCAUCAUGGAACAGAAUCUGAAAAGACAUCUUUUAAAGACUAUUAUGAUCAAAUGAUCAAACGUUGUCUAGAAAGGCUCCAAUCUUUCAAGGAUUAUUGGUGGUUUGCGGGAUCAGCUUUAAAGCUUUGCCAAGUGAUCACAGAAUAG